AUGGUUCUGCGUUUUCUUAUGCGGUACUUGGCCAACAACGAAAACCUCAUCAACAAAUUAGCAGAUUCAAAACCUAUAAGACGAGCCGCUCAGCUAGUUGUUUAUUAUAUGCAUCGAGCUGACCAUUACGGUAUACCAUCUAAUCGGAAGGAGCUUGGUGAGCGAUAUGCAAGUUUAUUAUCCCGUUUCUCAUCUAAUCUCAAAAAAGAAAUUGCAGCUGCUAAGGAAGACCUGAAAAAGAAACAAUCUAAGUAACAUUUAUUGUAAUGUAAUCAGAUAACUCUCUUGCGAUUAAUAAUCCAUCGCAAGUACUGCGAUGAAUCAGUUUUUUUUUCCACGAAUUGUGAAUUAGAUUUAUUAGCUUAGAAUUUUCCAUUAGUUU